AGAAAUCUAUAAAAAGAAGUGUUGAUCAACAAAGGCUUCACAUACAAGUUUAGAUCAUGAGAGGAGUGGCAGUUUUGGGAUUAAUAACAAUUGGCGUUGCCUUAACAAAUGCUUAUGGCGUUAGUUUGGGUGGAAAUUUGGGAGGCUUAGGAGGAGGCCUAAAUGUUGGUUUAGGCUCUGGCCACGGCUCUUUUGGAGGUGGUUAUGGUGGCCAUAAACAUGGUGGAAUAGGUGGAGGUUUCGGUGCUGGUGGCGCGAGUUCUUCUAGUUUUGCUUCAGCUUCUUCAUCAGCUUCUGCUGGUGGCUUUGGCGGUGCUGGUCAUGGUCAUGGUGCUGCUGGCAGUUAUGGCGGUAGCGGUUCUUACGGUGGCGGCAUUAGCAGUUCUUCCUCAUCUUCCACCCAAAUUUCAGCUGGCGGUGCUGUAGGAGGAGGUCACAAACAUGGUCAUGGUCACGGUUCUGCUGGUUUGGGGCUUGGUCUUGGCGUAGGUAAUGGUAACGCUUUUGGUCACCACCAUGGUGCUUCGGGAUCUGCUGGACUUGGUCUGGGUCUCGGCAAUGGUAAUGGUAAAGGUAAUAAAACCGAUAUUUGGAGUUAA